AAAUGACAAAAAUUUCACUUUGCACUUUUUGUUCUUUACCUCGGUUUUCUUGACCUCAUAAGUAUCCAAAUUUUAAGCUAAGUGUAUAAAUAAUAUUAGUCUUCGUAUUACGCUUCAGUGAAGUGAGUGGUUAUAGAUAUAUUGCAGUAUAAACGACAUGGACCCCGAAAGACCUGAGAGCAGUUCGAACCAUGGAAAGAGGACACGACCUUUACUCCUGCAGCCAAGUCCGAAGGUGGCUAGGGUGUCAGCGUACGCGAGCACGUCCUCCAGUGGGGUCCUGAAGGGUUCUAAGAAGAUAACGCCUAAGAAAACGAAGAUUACAUAUGAUAACAAUGAUGUGCCUGCACCUGGGACCCCAGUGCCUGAUAAACACGUUCGUAAGGCUGGCCCUUACCUACUGGGCCCCAAGCUUGGCCCCAGCCCUGUCAAGAGCAUAGUUCAGUGUCUAGCCAGGAAGGAGAGGACAGAUGACUUCUAUCAGGUAAAAAUUCUAACACUAAAGAAUGAAGGUCAAGCUGAAACCCAAGAUGACAGGCAGGGUAAGAUGCUCCUCCACACUGAGUAUUCCCUGCUGUCUCUGCUGAAGGACCAGGACGGUGUCAUACAUCACCAUGGCCUUUUCAAAGAUCAUGCAUUAGAAGAAAUACCCAACCCCAAUGGUCCAGGGUUCAUAUACACUGGAAGAGUCAGGCAACGGUUAUUCCUUGUGUUAGACUGUGUAACGUCACAUCAGUUCAGUGAAAAGGCCUCCGAACUGAUCAACUUGCAGCAGUACGUCACCAAAGUCAAAAAAGUUCCAGAAAAAGAGGCCAUAUUGAUAUUCUAUGAUAUUGUUAGGGUUGUUACUAAUUUACAUAAGAGAAACAUAGUGCACCGAGACCUGAAGCUCGGCAACAUAGUGCUGAACCAGCGCACCGGCCGCGUCACCAUCGCCAACUUCUGCCUCGGCACGCACCUGGGCAGCGACCGCGACCUGCUCAAGGACCAGCGAGGCUCCCCCGCCUACAUAUCGCCCGACGUCCUGCUGUGCAAGCCGUACCUGGGCAAGCCGUCGGACAUGUGGGCGCUGGGCGUGGUGCUGUACACCAUGCUGUACGGCCAGUUCCCGUUCUGCGACACCAGCCUCACGCAGCUCUUCAGCCGCAUACAGGCCGCCAACUACAACAUACCGCCGGAUGGCAACUCAGUGCAAGUGUCAGACAAUACGGUAUUCCUUAUCCAGAGGCUCCUAGUAAAAGAUCCAAAGCAUAGAUUGUUGGCAGAAGAGGUGCUAGACCAGCUCUCCAGCAUCAUAGCAGCAUACGUAGUUGUCCCCAAUCCCCCCGAGGACCUACAAGUGGUCCCCGACAUCCCCUUAGACGAGGAGCCCAAGGACAAAAAAGAGCAGUCGAAUGAAUUGGACAAGAAACCGUUUGUGAACAUCCCCGAGAGUAAUGAAAGGACACCGAGUGCUACUGAAGACCUAGGCGUGUUCUGCGUGCCUCUGCCGGACUUCCUCGCGCUAAACUUCCCGCCGCCGCGCCCCGCGCCGCCCGCGCCCGCGCCCGCCGCCGCGCCCCGCCAGCUCGCCGUGCAGAGGGUUGGGAGGGACGCGAGGCCAUUGUUACCCUGCGAGAUAGCCAGAUACCAGCACAUGUUCACGAACAACCAGCAAGGCAGCCAGCCGCGCGCGGAGCCGCGUCCCGCGCCCGCGCCCGCGCCCCCCGCGGAACCCGCGGCCUCCCGUCUCCGAGCGUUGGCCCAGCGCAUCCCGAGGCUAAAUGCGCACGCGCCCGACUUCAGGGUUAUACCUUGGUCAGAAAGGAAUAGAAUCGACAGGUCAUGGGAUAACGAGUACGUUCUUCGCUUACCCGUACUGGAUUUGUCUCGAGCGCGCGCGCCCGCGGCCCCUAGACGCGACCCACGCCCCGAAGGCGAAGAACAGUGACAGUGACGUUGACAGUGCGGUGACAGUGACAGCACAGUGAUAAAUGGCAGUUGAAAUGAAAUGAACUCAAACCCAAGAUUUAUAUUUUCAUCUACCGGUACCGUGUAAUGGCUAUGCUCACGUUACAUAGGCAAACGUGGAAAAAUAAUACCCAUAGAGGAGAAGAAGAAGAAAUGUUGAUAGGUCUUUGCCAGAGAAAUUUUAAUGGCCCAGUUACACUAUGCGUGAACUUGAUCAAAUCGGAUAGUGUAGACCAGUGUUUUUCAACCUUUUUCAUGACGCGACCCCCCUAGCAUGAAAAAUUUUUUGCGACCCACCGACCGUUCGCUUUUUUUCAUGCCUUUUACGAAGAUGUUGUAGGGACCGAAUUCUUCAAUCUAUACAACAUUUAUGCUUUUGCAUAAUUACAUUUCGGAUAAAUCUAGCUUUAAAACUUUACUGUUUUUUUUACUGAGAUAGUUUUUACGACCUCUCGCGACCCCCCUAUAGAGGCCCACAGGUUAAAAACACAGUUGUAGACACACAGUUCCGUGCGUGUAUUUACGCUUGUAUUCGAUCAAGUUCGCGCAUAGUGUAACCGCGCCAUAACUCUAUACGCUUCAGUGGGACAGUCCAUCAAAUCUGAAAUGAAUUGACUCUCCAGUUGUACUUUUUAACAAACCCUUUCAAUAAUAGCUAUACAACUACUACAGAAUAUUGGACCAAUAGUAACCAAGGCACUUAAUAUUCAUAAGUUUACUUUAAAAUAAAAUUUUACUUUACAAAAUUAAUCUUAAUUUGAAAUGAAUUAAAUUUUAAUAAAAUAUUGAAUUAUAUUUAAGUAAGCUAUCUGUGAAUCAGAUCUUGGAAAUUAUGAUAAAAUAAUUAUUUCCAUCUAUGUAUAUAAAAUAAAAAAUGGCCUACACUAAAAAUGUGUUUUAAAAGGUUUGAGCACUACAGUUUUAUCUUCUUAAUGAAAAAAAUAUUGUAAAGUAUAUUAUAGGUCUUAAAAUCAUGUCACCUUAGCCCAUAUAUGCCCAAAACUAUUUAAAUCUCAGAUUUUUAUGUAAUUUGGCAUAUUUACAGUUUCUUUUAUAGGCAUCGCAAGAGAACUUGUACCAUUUGGUCGUUUUCGUGCCUCUGGGCAUAUAUGGGUUAGUAUCAACCCCUAUGCUUAUAAACAAUGUGUCUGUAAUAUUUUUCUGGCUUUCUUCUCACUCAUAUUAUUUUUAUCUGUACUUAUUAAACACCUAGGACAAUGUUUGUAAGUCAAAGGGUAUAUUUUUGCCAAGUAAACAUAAUUUAAGUAGGUAAUUAUUGUGCACUAGAAUUUAACACACAUAGAAAUGCAUUUGGCAUGUUUGUACAUAAUUAUCUAAUAUUAUUACUGUUUGAGUAAUCUACAAGGUAUUUUAUUAUUUCGCCAAAUAAUGUGAUUGUUGUACAAAAACCCCGUUAAUCACAGCAUCGAAAUAUCACUGCCACUAUAUGCAAAUUGAUAGGAAUAAGAUAUUGUUAUUAAUUUGAACCCUUAAGCUAAGUUAUAAAGUUUCAUUUGCAUUGGGAACUAACGUUAAAAGGGCACCAUCACACUCAAUACUUGUAUGAUUGAUUUGGUCCUAUAUGGGAUUAUAAUUACGAGUAGAACUGUGUUAAAUCUUCUUAAGUGUGAAGAAAUAAAAAACAGCCAAUUUAAUGACCUAAGGUGAUAAAAAUAUUAAGUGUGCGAGAGCCCUAACCCCUUGUUAUAAGCUGUACCAAGUCUGAUGUAACUUUUACGCUAGUAAAGUAGGAUAAAUGUCGGCAUUACUACUGAUAAGUUGUUUUUGGUUGUAGUGCGGUUAUUUUUUUAUUCUUUUAAGUAGCCUUAAAGCCUAGUCUACAUUACGGCACAUUUAUUGUAUCGCAACAACGUUUCGGUAUAAGGUAUCGCCACUGUAAAAUAGAAUGGUUUAAAAGUUCGAGAAGUCACCGCGAUCUAAACUACAAUCAGCGCCAUCUGUUGAGCAAAACUUAACACGUA